AUGAAAGCUAACCCAUGGCUCACCGUGUUUGCCACCCAGCUGACUUUCAAGACUCUUAUCUCUCUUUCCCUAAUUUUAUCUCUAAUGACCGCGAUUCUCCUAGCGUAUCUGGACAUAUUGGAGCUCCCCUCCGAGACCAAGCUUAUUGCUUCCGCACAAUCCGACUCCAAGAUGAAUGCUUCCGUCGACCACCGCAGGGCGAGCUCGAGGCCUUCCUCCAUGGCCUGCAAUUCCGCAUCCAAGGCGUCCGCGCACCCUUUUAAACAUCUGCAAGCUGCAAAGAUGACAACGCCAUCAGAAUCUCUAAGCAUCAUGCCCGCACCGGCGCGUCCGUCCGAGGAGAAGGCCCCAUCCACAUUCAGCUUGUGCAUACCGCUCUCUGGCGGCCUCCAUUGUUGCUUGAUUGGGGGCUCCGACUUUGGCAUGGUGCGCCACAAGGUCAUCAUGAAUGCUGCCCUCUGGUUCACAUCUGAUUUGUUGAGUGCAUGCAAGAACCAGUCCUGAUUGUGUUCGAACAGAUGCUCAGCUGCCGGUAGCUCCCAUACUUCGCGCAUCGCAUC